CCAUAAAAUUUAAAAAAAAAAAAAAGAAAAAGAAAAAGAAAAAAGAGAGGGCGCUCGAUCUAAUCCCCUCUCAUUACUCUCAUGGAGCUUUUGUCAGCGAUCACAUGUGCCAUCCUUCUUCUCUACUCUUUCUUCCUUGCAUGGAGGUUCUUCGAGAGGAGGAGGAACCAGAACUGCUACCUUCUCGACUACAUCUGCUUCAAGGCAUCCAACGAGCGCAUGAUCUCCACGGAGCUGAGCGGCGACAUCAUCCGACGCAACGAGAACUUGGGCUUCCCCGAAUACAAGUUCCUCCUCAAGGUCAUCGUCAACUCGGGCAUCGGCGAGCAGACAUAUGGCCCAAAGAAUAUAAUCGACGGGCGUGAGAAUUCCCCGACCUACGAAGACGCCAUCUCCGAGAUGGAUGACUGCUUCAACGCCACGCUCGACGAGCUCUUCCGCAAGUCCGGCUUCGCCCCCUCGGACAUCGACAUGCUCGUCGUCAACGUCUCCAUGUUCUCCCCCGCCCCUUCCCUCUCGUCGCGGAUCGUGCACCGCUACGGGAUGCGGGAAGACAUCAAGGUCUUCAACCUCUCCGGGAUGGGGUGCAGCGCGAGCCUCAUCGCAGUCCACCUCGUCAGGGACGUCUUCAAGACGCGCAACAAGAUGUUGGCCGUCGUGGUGACAUCCGAGUCCAUCAGUCCAAACUGGUACUCGGGGAACGACAAGUCCAUGAUGCUGGGGAACUGCCUCUUCCGCUCCGGCGGCUGUUCCAUGCUCCUCACCAACGAUCCCGCGCUGAAGCACCGCGCCAAGAUGAGCCUCAGGUGCCUCCUCCGCACCCACAUCGGUGCCAGCGACGACGCCCACAGCUGCGCCAUGCAGAAGGAGGACGACGUCGGACGCAUCGGCUUCUACCUCAGCAAGAGCCUCCCCAAGGCCGCGGUGCGCGCCUUCUCGGAGAACCUCCAAACGCUAGCUCCGCAGGUGCUCCCCGUUAGGGAGCUCCUCCUUUACAUCGCUCGGGGUGUCCGGCGCCGGAUGCUGAACGGCGGCAGCAAAGAUCCGACGGCGGCGGCGCGAGUGAACUUCAAGGCCGGGGUGGAGCACUUCUGCCUCCACACCGGGGGGUCGGCGGUGAUCGAGGGCGUGGGGAGGAGUCUGGGGCUCAGCAAGUAUGACCUGGAGCCAGCGAGGAUGACGCUGCACCGGUGGGGGAACACGUCGGCGAGCAGCGUGUGGUACGUGCUGGGUUACAUGGAAGCCAAGAAGAGGUUGCGGAGGAGGGACAGGGUGCUGAUGAUAAGCUUCGGGGCGGGGUUCAAGUGCAACAGUUGCUUGUGGGAGGUGCUGAGAGACCUGGAGGGUGGGGGCGUGUGGGAGGACUGCAUCCAGAGCUACCCUCCUCAAACCCUAGCGAACCCCUUCAUGGAGAGGUACGGAUGGAUCAAUGAGGACUAACCUCUCCGUCUGUAGUUCAUUUCCCGUUUUCUUUCUUUCAUGUUUUUGGGAAAUGAAUAGACACAGAUGUGUUCAUGCGUGGUAUGGUCUGUGUUUUUACUUUUGUCAUUUCUUUCUUUUUUUUUCUUUUUUUUCCCCUACAAUUCUCACUCUUUGUUGAUUGGUUUUAAACGUUUGAAUAAGCUGCCGUUGGACCUAUCAAAAUAGAUAAAUAAUUUAUUAUUCUGUUGAUUUAUCGGCUUGGUGUGGGACCACCAUUAUCAGAAGUGGUACACGUAUCAUGCCGUGAGUGGAGGUGACAGGGAUAGUAGAGUUUCGUUGAUGAUAGCUGGUUCGCUGCAUCGGGGUUCUAUGCAAGGGGUGCACUCCACGAGCAUAGGUCUUCGGUUUUUAAUUUCAGAUAUUAAUGCUGGAUCUGACAUACACAUGUUCUUAGACUAGACUGGGUCAUGGCCUCAUGGACAUAGGUACGUAUCCAUUAGUUACUUCGCUGUACACCGGUAGAAGCAGUGUUGGCGUCCCCCCUUUUUUUCCUUAUUUUUGGGUAAAUUUUAACUUUUCUCCUCGAUGUACUGCAUGUCACUUUCUCUGCAGAGUAAGAUCUACUGCAUGUCAUUAAUA